UAGAAAAUUCUUUCCGUUGUUGAUAAGCUUCUCUCUCUCUUUACAUGCCAACUACAAAAAGUAACAGAAAAUCCAACUCCUCGUUCCAAUCUUUAUUCUUCUGCUUCAAAAUCUGCAAAACCAAAGGGAUAAAAAGAAACAAAGAAACAGAAAAAUCAUAUAACAGCUUAACCUUAACCUAACUAACACAACAACCUCACCAUUAAAUUAGCCUCUAUACACAAACAAAAAAGUUUCAAAGCGAAGGAGAAACAACAAAAAGGAACAGGAGAAAGCAAAACCCUAAUUUUCACUUCCUCCGCCGCGCCGGGGAAUUGCUGUCGUCGUUGUUGUCAUCGACCUCUCCUUUUGCGAGGUUAUUGAAUUCUCCAAUUCUGAGCUUGGAGUUUGAUUAGACUGCGUUCUUGUUAUUCUCUCGAAGAUGUCGAGGUUUCCGUAUUUCAACCGUUCCAACACGGUUCAUACGGCGUACUCAAAAUCGCCGCAGAUAUCCUACACACUUGAUCGUUCUGGUUCCCUUAGCGAUAUAUCGGAUGAUUCUGCGAAAUCGAAAUCCAGUUCCAAUUCGAGUUCGAUGCGCGGAAGGAUGGUUAAGAAGAUAUGCGGCCUCUUUGAAACGCAAUCGAAAUCUUCGUCAAUUGCAAAAUCAGCAACUGAAGAAUCAGUCCAAUCGUCUAAGGCGAAACAAGGGAAUUCGAAAUUGAUGAAGGUUGACUCGGAUUUGGGGACUCCGUUCAGGUUACCGGAUGCGGACGACCGAGUGGUGGUGUAUUUCACGAGCCUGAGAGGGGUAAGGAGAACGUUUGAGGAUUGCAGCGCGGUUCGGAUGAUCCUUAAGGGAUUCAGGAUAUGGAUCGACGAAAGGGAUGUUUCGAUGGACGCGGAAUAUAGGAAGGAGUUGCAGUGUGCUCUUGGGGAGAAGAAUGUGACCCUCCCUCAGGUUUUUGUGAGAGGAAAGUAUAUUGGAGGAGCUGAUGUGAUCAGACACUUGUUUGAGGUCGGCGAGCUAGGGAAGAUUCUUGAAGGGUUCCCCAAGACGAAGCCCGGUUUUGUCUGCGAGAGUUGCGCCGAUUUGAGAUUCGCACCUUGUUGGCAUUGCAGUGGGAGCAGGAAGGUGUUUGAUGAGGAUGAGGGGUUGCUCAAGAGAUGCUUGGAGUGUAAUGAGAAUGGACUCAUUAGGUGCCCUAAUUGCUGUUCCUGAGAAAAA